AUGUCUGUGUCAUUGUGUGUACUGCGAAUUGAAAUGGAUGAAGAGCAUCCAGAGAUGGGAGACAAUGCAACAGAAAUAGAGUUUGCUAAAGAACAAAAGAAAAAAGAUCGUGGAGCUCGCGAAUCUAAAACAAUCACAGUUGAAACCUAUGCAAGCAUCCUUAGUGGCCCAAAUUCAGUAUCUGGAAUACUGCCGACGAGCUCACGUCGGGCUACCACUGAGGGAAGUGUUUCCGAUGAAAAUGAUGUCAUAAGCUUUUUUUGUGGCAAUCCACUGGUGGAAGUCACUAAAGGAGUCCUACAUUUAUAUAAAGAAAAUGAACUAAAAGAAGCUGAAGAAGCAAAAACAUUAUGCCUUCUAUCAGUUCCGGGAGCUCUCGGUGCUCCUGACUUGCUGGCAUUUGCUGCUGCCUGUCAACAAGACAUUGCACAUGUGCGUGUACUUCGAGAUGGUUCACCUGAUCACUAUAUGGCACUCCUUACUUUCCGCACAAGUGCUGCUGCUCGAGAAUUCCACUCCGCUUUUGAUGGUGUGCCAUACAGUAGCUUAGAGCCUGCAGCCCUGUGCCACACGGCUUGGGUCUCACGGGUUGAGUAUGCACGUGAUGGAGCACCCCCACCGACACAUACUGAGUUGCCUACUUGCCCUGUCUGCCUAGAGCGUAUGGACGAGAGCGUAGCGGGCGUCCUGAGCGUGCAAUGCGCUCACUCGUUCCACGCAGAAUGCCUCAUGGGGUGGCGGGACGCUCGCUGCCCGGUCUGCCGAUGCGCUCAAACGCCGGAGCCCCGCGACUGCGCCAAGUGUCUCGCCUGCGAGUCCUUGGCCGCCCAAGAGGGUGAGACGGAAGAGACAGGUGAGCCCCGAGACACGCCCUGCGGAGUGGCCGAAGGGAUGCUCGAAGUGGAGGCCGGUACAAUGUGGAUCUGCCUCAUUUGUGGUCAUGUGGGCUGUGGACGGUACGAGAAGGGUCACGCCGCCAAGCACUUCAUGUUAUCCAACCACACAUACGCACUGCAGCUCGGUUCAAACCGCGUGUGGGACUACGCAGGUGACAACUUCGUCCACCGCCUGGUGCAAAACAAGGCAGACGGCAAACUGGUCGCCGCAGAGGGCCGCACCUCCGACCCUGAACCCGCCUGUGGAGACAAGCUGGAGUUCACCUAUCUGCUCACUCAUCACUUGGACACGCAGAGGAUACAUUACGAAGAGAGAAUCGCUAAGCUAGAACGGACUCACGAUGAAGAACGCGAAUCGUGGCGCGUGCGUUGCGAGAGCGCCGAAGCGGAGAGCGCCGCCCUUCGCGACCGCGCCAAAGCCAACGCCGCCGAGAAUAAGGCUCUCACGCACAAGGUCACGGCUCUCAACAACAAAGUGUCGAAGCUACAGUCGGAGCUGUCGGAGGAGCGAGGCUUGGCCACGGCGUUGGCGGGUAGCCAAGCCCAGUGGCAGGAGAGGGCCAGGGCGAAGGACGAAGCCUUCCGCAGAGAGAUCGAUGAACUGAAGGAGCAACUCCGCGACGUAAUGUUCUUCGUGGAGGCUCGAGGCACACUUCAGAACACCGAUCAGGCCUCGCAGCAGGAGAUCCAAGAAGCCAGCGUCACCGUUCAACCGCCGAAACAGAAGCCCCGAAGGAAGAAGCGAUAA